UUCCAGCCAGCGGCUGCAUCGUAACAGUAGUGCCUUUCUGUUAGUUUUAUUUUAUCCGUCAAAACAAAACUACGGUAACAAGUGAAUCCGGUUUCGGUACGUAUCGGAAUUUGCGAGUGAAUCGAAAACAUGUGUGCAGCUUUGACAGGAAGACUCGCUUUUGUUACAGGGGCUGGAUCGGGGAUUGGCCGCGUAACGAGCAAGCUUUUAUCUCGCGAUGGAGCGAUCGUUGUGGCGGUGGAUCGCAAUUUGGCGGCAGCGGAGGAAACAGUGCAAAGCUUGGGGAAUAAACAAGAUAACGCUGCCUUCGAGAUGGAUGUCUCAUCAAGUGCAAGCAUCGAAAAGGUGCUGAAAGCGGUCGUCGAAAAAUAUCAACGCCCGCCGAUGAUUGUAGUGAACUCGGCUGGAAUCACGCGAGAUAACUUCCUGUUGAAAAUGCCAGAGCCUGAUUUUGAUGCCGUUAUCAAUGUGAAUUUGAAGGGCACCUGGCUAAUGCUGCAGCACUUCGGUAAAGCUAUGGUAGAGCACCAGGUCAAUGGAUCGAUGGUGAACGUUUCAUCGAUUGUGGCUCGCAACGGCAACAUUGGACAGUCCAACUAUUCGCCAAGUAAGGCUGGUGUUGAAGCUAUGACCAAGGUGGUUGCUCGCGAGUUUGGUCGCUACAACAUUCGUGUGAAUGCCGUCGUGCCCGGUUUCAUCCAGACUCCGAUGACAGAAACGCUUCCGCAAAAAGUAAAAGAUAUGGUUGUUAUGCAGUGUGCGCUGCGAAGAUUUGGUAAACCGGAAGAAAUUGCCGAGGUUGUUGCGUUUUUGGCUUCGGAUAAAAGUAGCUAUAUUAAUGGAACAUCGGUCGAAGUUACUGGGGGAUAAACAAAUACUCCAAUCUGGCACAUUGUAAAAAUCACCAACUCAGGUCAUCGAAACAGAAGGCAUUUAUAAUUGAAUACUUUCCCCUGUACUCAACUUGGC